AAUAUUCAGAUGUCUGUAGUAGUUGAUCGGCGGCAGUGUCAUGAGUGUGACAUUCGAUUCCACCUGCGUGGUUUUGGCAGAGCCCACACGAUGUCUCAAAUUGCUCGCGUUGCUCGUGUCUCGCGAGGAGUAUACAGAGGAGUACCUCGCAGGUUGCAGACCGUUCAGCUGGCCAGGCCAAAUCCUCUCCGUGUCAAUAUCGCUCGUCCAAUUGCACAAGCUUUGGUGAACAACAUUCCUAAUGCGUUACUAUCCCGGACUGCCAACCGACCAACGACGAACAUUCGGACGUCUUUUGUCACCACACAGUUGAUAUGUACGGGCAGGAGUCGUGCAGUUAAGCGUUGUAGGCCGAUUUGGGAGGCGCAGGGUUAUUUUCCCUGGUUGCUUGGUUCAAAUCCAAGACACGCUUCAUGCAUGACUCUCCUCCUCAAAAUCAAGAUUUGAUGCUGCGUAUUUGACAACUUACUCGCGUGAUUUGACGGAGAAGUAGAAAGCAAAAUGUCGCGUGUCUUGGUUUAUAGUCUGUCUUUUCCCCAAGAUUGGUCCCCCUUGAUUGAUGGUCUCUCCUCAAAAAUUACUGUACUUUGCACGUUUAUCAUACAGCCUAUGCAUGGUCAUUCACAUACCAACCAUUCACUUUCUACCGGCAAUGCGCGAACUUGUUGACAUACAACACAAAAUGCGCACGUCGACAUUACCCCUAAACUGGAAGAAUCAAUUGUCGUAACGCGGCGUAUGCUAGUAU